UCUCCACGCAGCCAGAACCACCCCAAGAACCCGAUGUUAACAGAACCGGAACCGAUUCCAUCCAAGACAUUCAGAGCCCGAUUCCAGCUUCAAACAAGGAGGAAAAGACUCGGAUUGAGGUUACGGGGUGGAUCCUAAAGGAUCCUUAAAGGAUCCGCCCAAGGAGGGAGGGUCCAAGGAGGGCUGGGCUCCUCGUAACUCUCCCAAGUUCCCCCUUUGGGAGCUGUCGGCCUGAACAGCCGCUCCGAAACUUUUCCAUUGGGUUCUGUGGGUUCGGAAAGGGCCCUUUUAAUUACCCCCCCCCAUCUUUGGAUCCCGAGAUGGGGGUCUCCCUAUGGAGCAGCUCUUCCCUGCGGUGGGGAUGGUAGGAGCGCGGUCUGGAUGCGGCGGCUGGUUGUGUUUGCAGAGAUCAAAAGUUCAGCCCAGUGCCAGACCUGACUGCGUUGUUUGCCCAAUGCUGUGCUGGGUGCGGGCGAUAACGAGCCUGAUUAAUGACCUCACCUCCCUGCUGCUAACGAGUUGGGCUGUCCGGGAAUGCAGUGUGUGCUGCCAGGGGAGCAGAGGACGGAGCUGUUGGGACUGCCGGUGGCCAUGAAGCACUGUUUCUACAAUGAGUCGGUGGGUUUCUUCUAUAACAACAGCCGGAAGGAGCUCACCACCUACUGGAGGACCAAAGACGUCCUGGUGGUGGCCCUGGGUCUCACCGUCAGCCUUAUCGUCCUCCUCACCAACCUCUUGGUCAUCGCCGCCAUCAUUAUCAACCGCCGCUUCCAUUACCCCAUUUAUUACCUCCUGGGUAACCUGGCAGCUGCCGACCUCUUUGCUGGCAUUGCUUACAUGUUCCUCAUGUUCCACACGGGGCCGAGGACGGCCGAGCUCUCCUUGAAGACCUGGUUCAUCCGGCAGAGCCUCUUGGACACCAGUUUGACCGCUUCGGUGGUCAACCUCUUGGCCAUCGCGGUGGAGAGGCACCAGACGGUGCUGACCAUGCAGCUGCACAGCAAGAUGUCCAACCAACGCGUCAUGAUCUUGAUCUUCUGCAUCUGGGCCACGGCUCUGCUGCUGGGCUUGAUCCCAUCCUACGGUUGGCAUUGCCUGUGUGCUUUGGAGGAGUGUUCCAGCAUGGCUCCGCUCUACAGCCGCAGCUACUUGACCUUCUGGGCCAUCUCCAACCUCCUGGUCUUCCUCCUCAUGGCGGUGGUCUACGCUCACAUCUUCAUCUACGUCAAGAGGAAGAUGGGGCGGAUGUCGGCGCACACCUCUUUCCAUCCACGCUAUAGGGAGACCGUGGUCGGCCUUGUCAAGACCGUCACCAUCAUCCUCGGUGCCUUCCUGAUCUGUUGGACCCCCGGGCAGGUUGUGCUGCUAUUGGAUGGGUUGGGUUGUAAGAGCUGCAACGUUUUGGCCGUGGAGAAAUACGUCCUUCUAUUGGCCGAGAUCAACUCAUUAAUCAACGCCAUCGUUUAUUCCUAUCGGGACAACGAGAUGAGGAACACUUUCCGAAGGAUCUUAUGCUCCAUUUGUUAUAGGAACCCCAAAUAUACCCCGACGGCUGUGAAACCCAAUGGGGCCGACCGUGGGGGGUUGUCACUGAAUGGGCAUUUCACAGUGGAUUCCUCCAUUUGAGCUCAUUUUCUGACCAUGGGAACAGAGGGGAGUCCCUCCUGUGGGAGACAUUGCACUGUGGGGUGAGGAUCCCCCAUAAACCCCCCCCUUCAAAGGAUGCUUUUAUAAGGGACCACAGCGCGGUUUGUUAAUUAGUGUGCUUAAUUAAAGGCUGUUUCUAAAGCUGUGUUGA